UCUCUCUCUCUCUCUCUCUCUCUGCACCAUGUCUUCAUUUCCAUCUUCUUCCUCACCAAGAACUCUGAAGAUUGGCAUAAUAGGAUUCGGUCCAUUUGCACAGUUCCUGGCAAAAACCAUAAUAAAACAAGGGCAUACUAUAAGGGCCACUUCCCGAUCAGAUCAUUCCGAACUCUCUGUCCAACUGGGUAUCUCGUUCUUUAGGAAUAUGGAUGCAUUUCUUGAAUCAGACAACGAUGUUAUAUUGCUGAGUACAUCAAUCCUAUCUCUAUCAGAGGUGGUCAAGUCCAUGCCAUUCAACCGUCUGAAAGGGCAAACACUCUUCGCCGAUGUACUCUCGGUGAAAGAAUACCCGAGAGAAGUUCUACUGCAAACGGUGCCCCAGGACUGCGAUGUGCUUUGCACUCACCCCAUGUUUGGACCAGAGAGCGGAAAAGAAGGGUGGAAAGACCUAACUUUUGUGUACGAUAGAGUUCGGAUUAGCAAUGAAGCUAUAUGCCGCAGUUUUCUACAAAUUUUCCAAACUGAGGGUUGCAAAAUGCUGGAAAUUUCUUGUGAGGAGCACGAUAAAUUGGCUGCGCAAAGUCAAUUUCUUACUCACACCAUUGGCUGGAUGUUGUCAGAGAUGGAGAUCGGACCCACAUCCAUAGACACCAAGGGAUUUCAGAAGCUUGUUCAAGUGAAACAGAGUACAACAAAAGACAGUUUUGAUCUGUUUUGUGGGUUAUUCAUCCAUAAUAGGUUUGCCAGACAAGAGGUGCAGAAUUUAGAACUUGCCCUUGAAAAAGUUAAACAGAAGCUAAAAGAGAGGAUGAAUGAGGAUCAGGAUCGAAGCGUGUCCAACCAGUGAAGGAUCCUAGCUGAUAAAUAUUACAAUUCAUUAUGUCUCUUUUUAUGUUUGCAUCCAUUUGUGUAACUGAUAAUUUAUUAAGAGAGCCAAGCAUCUUUCUCUAACAAGGUUCCAUUAGCAAAAACUUGGUCCAAUGAAAAAUUUAGUUUGAAGGAUACUGGACCCACCCACCCUUUAAUAUUUUGAGUGAUCUCACACUAGAUGGAACAAGCUUGAGAUCAGCCUUUCAAUUUCACACUACUUAUCAAGAGACUUUUUUGGCCUGGUCCAGCAAUAAAUCCCAAUAGUCAUAUGCAAAUAUGGAAAUCCUAUUGGGUUUCAAAGAUGAGUGAGUCCGUGUGUUAUCAUCCUAAGCUCAAUCUCCAAGACUAAAACCAAUGCACCUUACAAUUUAGUCAGGUGAAUAAUCCAGUUAUGAUUUUGCAAGGAAAACCUUCCAAAUACAGUUUAAUCAGGUGUUCACAUGCCCUCCUGCUUUGCCAGCAAUGUUAGUACUAAACUCGCAUACUGUAUAUUGAGAAAAGCACUGAAAAAAUGGUCCUAAGCCUACUAAUAUGAUUAAAGUUAUUUGUGGGCAUGAUGCAAGCAAUCAUCGCCUUGAAAGACCUAUACUGUAAUAUGAAAAAAUACCGAUGUAGUGCAUUGGAACAAAUUUUUUAUUUUGCACUGUAUCUGGCAGAAGAAGAAACACAAAACCCAGCUCGUAUGUACUCUAAAGUCAACAGAGAUAUAUAUCAUUGUCUGCAUAGUGUUUGACAAGGAUGGUUCAGGAAAGAUGGGUUCUCAACUAACGAUUGUUCCAUUUGAUCUUUUGUGGAUUAAAUUCAAGUAGUCAAGUAUACCUCAUAAAACAGAAAGACAAAUUCAUGCCCCGGUGCCCAGCAUAAAGCAUCAUCUCAUUGAUUGUUGAUUUCAUCAAUACUGGCAUCCUUUGAAGUGUUGCAUCCCAAAGCAGCAUGACUUGGAGAAUCUGGAGUUU